UUUCCCGGAAAUGAUUGGUUGGCAUUGGCAACGUUUUAGCUAACGGCGUACAGCGUCUCUAAAUAAAGAAACCGAAAGGAAGGGUUGUUCAAAAAGAAAGAACUCAGCUGAGGACUUCUGAACCUUUUUAUUCUUCACAUCCACUCACCAUAGAGGAGCCAGGAGCGAGUACAGACUGCAAACAGAAUGACCAGCUCAUCUGCUCCCAGGAUGGUGAAUAGUUACAAGCGGACUUCUAGCCCCCGAUCCCCAACAAACAGUGGGGAGCUUUUCACCCCAGCACAUGAGGAAAACGUGCGCUUUAUUCAUGAUACCUGGCAGUGUGUUCUCCGAGACAUCAGAUCAACACAAAAUAGUGAACGUAAUGACCGUGGACCACAGGAGUACGUGGAGAAGAACCCAAACCCUAACCUACAUUCUUUCACACCAGUGGACCUAAGCGACCUCAAGAAACGCAACACACAGGACUCCAAGAAGUCCUAGUCUUUCUCAUGAUGAUCCUGUCGCUUCUUUCCACCCAUUAUCCUCGAGAACUUUUCCUCCAUCAGCCAGAAAGUCAGCCCUGUUGGCCAGUCUAGCACAGAAUGCCAAUCUCAUUUAUCAACUCUGGACCAUAGCAAUGCGUGUCUCUUUCUUUGCCCUCUACAACUGACGACGAAGAGAAGAACCAGGAAUCCAGGGAGCACAAAUCCUCUCGUCUCUUGGUUCAUGUUUUUUUAAGUCAAUAAAUGUUCAUGUACAUUCUUUAUGUGAAUGGGACUGAUGCAGACUUUCAUCAAAAUUUGCCGACAUCUGAUGCUGAGGUACAAACUGUCAACACUCUCCACAGGACACAAAAGACUGCAGUCUUAAAUAAAACCCUUUUCUUUACUACUGCUACUUAUAUGACUUUGGAGGAAAAUAUGAAAGGGCUGACCUCUUCUUUUUUUUUUGUUUUUUUGGAAGAUAAUAUGAUCAGUAAAUUGUAGAAGUAAAGGAAUCGUCACAUUGGGUAUAAACUUUAUGGGCAAGUUUUGAAAGCCAAAUGCAAUGUAGAAGGCCAACAUUUUUAUUAUAUAUUUUCUUGCCCUCAAAUGGACUUUACCAAGUAGAGACCUCCCCGAGUAUGCUGCCCUUAGUUAACCCCCCCCUACGCCUUGAAACAAAAUGUUGAAUAAAAGACUUUUACAGUA